CGUAAAUGGUGCCUCUUCCCAUUCAUUCCCCUUCCCCCCCUUCAUUCAAUUACUACACCCUGGAUUCUAGCAGUGACUUGUUAAAAGCCUUGUUCGAAAUACUUCCCUCCAAACCCCUUACAGACCACACAGACAUACAGACUAGAAUGACCAUCUUCACCAAAGCUUCAUCUCUGGGCAAGGCCAGCGGUGCCCUUCGGCAUCAUGGCAUCAUUAAGGCAGCCUGCAAGUCCACCAGCACCCACGUUCCCUUCCCCGCCGGCAUCAUCGACGCCCUCCAAGUCUCGCGUCACAUCUACGAACAAGAAGGCUUCGUCGCAGAGGAAGUAACCGAUUCACAUGCCGUCUCGCCCGCCGAAGCCGCUCUGCGCACCACGGCUCCGCACACCUCGGCCGCCAGCGCCGGCGGGGGCCUGAACCACUUCCACGGCCUGUUAUGGUCGCACUGGCACCCCGGUCCGACGGCCGGUGUCGAGUACCAAACCCGUCACUUCUCGGGUUCUAUGCGUAAACAAUAUGCGGUCAUCUACGACAUGUCCAUCUGGGACUGGGGCGACUUCAGUCACAUACAACCCGAUCAUCCCAUUCCUCCGCGCCCCAUCAUGCCGGGCGAUGAGGAUUACGAUCCGGUGACCAUCAACGCCAUGCCGACGCAUAGCGAGGCGAACGUGAAAGCCGACAGGUCGGAUAUCGAUCCGUUAGCUGGCCACGGCCCCUUGUGGUCGCACAGCUACUACCACCACCACCACCAUUCCCAACAAAGUUGGGCGGCAUACCAGACGCGGCAGUUUUCGUCCUUUAUCUUGGGCAAAAUCAGCACGGCAGCGGUGCACGACCCGUCGAUUUGGGACUGGGGCUUCUUCAGUCAUGUGCAGCCGGACCAUCGAAUCCCGCCGCGGCCCAUCUUACCUGGGGACCCACACUAUGAUCCGGUGACCAUCAACGACAUGCCGUCAGAGAGCGAGGCGAUUGUCAAGGCGGAGAGAACGCCGAUUGAUCCGCUGCCGAUGGGGUUGCAUCGUGUCAUCCUUUUGCCGGUAGGGGAGGCGUUGCCCGAACAGACGGAGAGCGAGAUGGAUGUGCGAGCGGAUAGGAGUCCGAUGGAAGAAGAUCCGCUGAGGGCCAGGAUGAGGUUUCGGGAUUAUAGACCGCUGAUGAAUGCGGGGAGGAUGACGGAGCAGGAGAUCAAGAGGGAUAUGGAUAGGGAUAUGGGGUUUGGGUAUCAUGCGGCUGCUUCUACAGGUGACUUUAGCGGGGGGGAGACGGAGGGUGCGUAUAGGAAGGAGAUUUACAUCAGGGAGGAGAGGUUGUUUGUGGAGGACUUUGGGGAAGAGGAUGAAAGUAUGGGGACCAGCUUUGGAGAGGGAGAGGGUACGGAGGGAUAUGAAGGGCAGAGGGGGUAUUUCGGGGAGGAAGGCCCGGCGUUGAGGAGGAGGUAUGGGAUGGAAGAGGUGGUGGGGAUGGACAGGAGUGCUGAGGAGAUGGAGUUGGAGGAUGCCAUGUUGCUGCAUUUCACGAGGUUUCGUUGAGCCAUUGAUAGUAUCGGUCUGGUGAACUCUGGUUAUGUGUUUUGGG